AUGAGGGAUAUUUACACAGCUUCACCUGGGCUUCCUCAGGAUUUAUCAUGUCGUAAACAAUUCGAAGAUUCAGAAGCAUGUUUACCUCCAAUUGCUACAUUUAGCCAUCAUCGACAAAACCGUACUGGUCCUUGUUCCUCCUACGUUGGUAAGUCAGUGAAAUCGGUUGGUCGGAAGCAUCAAAAGCAAUCAAGAUCUAGACGUGCUGAGAAUAAACUUUACUGCAAUUGGCCACAAUGUCCGCGAUUCCUUCUAAAGCAGCCUUUUAAACAAAUGACUCAUUUGAAACGUCAUUUACUUUUACAUAAAAAUCAUUUAAAUCUAUCGUGUUCACAGUGUGGAAAACGCUUUAGUUCGAAAGAAAAUCUUAAAAGGCAUACAAAUGUACAUUCAGGCUUAAAACCAUAUAUGUGUUCAAUUUGUCAUCAAGCGUACUCUAGAACAUCAGAAAGAUCCAGGUGUAUGAAGAAGCAUCAUUUUGAAGAUAAAUAUUUAUCUGAACAGGAUAAACAAUGUUUGUAUAAAGAUGUUUAUAAUGAUUGGAAUUCUUCUGGUUUAUCUGCUUUACAAAUCGAAGAUCAAAUUAAUCAAUCUCGUCCAAGACCAUAUAUCUGUCAAAUAUGUAAUGAUCAUAGAGCAUAUACAGAUCCAAGUUCACUUAGAAAACAUAUGCGCUCUUAUCAUGCACACUUGAAAAAUGAAAAAUCUAUAACUAAUAAUGAUUCUACCAAUGAAUCUGUUAUGUCUAAAUCAAAAUUAUCUAAAGCUCUUCCAUGUGAAGAACCUAUAAGUCUUGUACUCGCUAAUUCAACCACUGAUAUAGACGCAGUUGAUCCAUCUGAUUUGUCAUUUGAUAAUUCAUUCACUCCAGAAUCUAAAUCAUUAAUACUUACAAGUGAAUCAGUUUGUCCUAUGAUUAUUACUCCAUAUAAUGUUUUAACAACGUCUAUGACAUCAUCAGAAAUACCUGUUACUACUAAUGUUAUGAUUUCUUUUAAUAAUAAUAAUGUUAUCACGGAAUCAAAUAUUUCAACAAAUAUUAUUACUACACCUAGGUAUCAUUUAUUAUUAACGUCAGAUUCUGUUGUAUCUUCAACAAUGAUGACGGUGAUUUCAAUGACAUCAACCACUACCACUAGUACUACUACUACUACAUUAAGAAAUGAAUAUGAUAGCGAUGUUGCUGUGGAUUUAUGUAAUUCAGCUUUAUGCCUACAAGUUUAUUCCGAUAAAACAUAUACCCCUGUAUCUUCGUCAGAAUUAGGAAGAGUUGAUUCAUUAACUCUACCUUUAUCAACAGUGAAUUCAUCUAACAGCAUUAUACCACAAUAUAUUACAGAAACUAAUCGAAUUAUUGACAAUGGUCUUUCAUCUAAAAAUUUAUUUUAUUCAAAUUCUGGUCUUGAUCUUACUGAUACACAUUAUUUUACAUUGACAGGGGCUACUGAAGCGAUAGAUUUAUCACUUGAUCCCUCUUUCCUCACAACAUUGUACAACAUUGUUUUUGAAUCGUCAAAUGAAUGUACCGAUAAUACAUUCUUUACAACACAUACAAUAUGGGAUCCUGAACCAGGUUUCAGUUUUACCGACCUCUUACUUACUAAUAAUGAUGAAGAAUGCGAAACGGAAUUCCCUGAAGUUAUAAUUUACCCUGAAAAUGCUAUUUAUCGUUCAAACGAAACGUUAACUUCUUUUACUACAACUAGCCACAAUGAUACUACUAAGAAGUCCGUAAUCAGCAGUGAACUGAAAAUACCAGAUACACAUAUCUCAUCAAUGAAUAAUUGUUAUAUUCCAUCAGAUACACCAACGACGACCAUAGAAACAACCUUAACUGGAGGAGUCGGUGGAGAAGGAGGUUAUAACAUACAACCACCACCUUUAGACUUACGCUUAAUACAGUCCAAUAAUUUUUAUUCAUAA